AUGCGGAUAUUGAUGCUUGGCGCGGGGGCGAUCGGAGGCUAUUUUGGCGGUCGCAUGAUCGCAGCGGGAUCAGAUGUCACUUUCCUUGUUCGGGAUAGGCGAGCGGCACAACUUAAGGAUGGCCUGAAGAUCGAGAGCCCACGUGGCAAUGCCACAAUUCGGGUGAAUACCAUAGUUGGUGGCGCGCAGACCGAUCCGUUCGAUGUCAUUGUUCUUUGCUGUAAGGCCUACGCGUUGUCAGGCGCACUCGAAGCUAUCGCGCCACACGUCCGUCCCCACAUCCCGAUCCUGCCACUUCUAAACGGUUACGCACAUCUUGAUCAGAUCCAAGAUCGGUUUCCUGAGGCCCUCGUUUGGGGCGGCAUUGCAGGCAUCGCAGCAACACUGACUGAAGAUGGAACGGUGGUUCAAAUGAACCCGAACCAGUUCAUUACAGCUGGCACUCGGAUGGAUCAGCCGGACAGUACAGCGGUGCUCGAGGCGCUUGUUUCAGAGAUGGUUCGAGCAGAGAUUAGCGCCACCGUGACGACGAGCAUCGAAGGUUCACUGUGGGAAAAAUGGACAUUUCUGGCGACUUUGGCGGCGGCGACGUGCUUAAUGAGAGGGUCCAUCGGCCAGAUUCUAGCUACCGAUCAUGGUGAGCAGUUGAUCGCGGGUCUUUUCGAUGAAUGCAACCAAACCGCAGUCGCUGAGGGUCACCCGCCCGGACCCUCUCCAGCUCAGAAUUAUCGCGGCAUGCUUUUUGAGCAAGGCUCGCCGUUUACCGCGUCCAUGCUUCGCGACAUAAAGGCCGACAGCCCAACCGAGGCAGAUCACAUAAUCGGAGAUAUGAUCAAGCGAGCGCGGCGACACAGCAUCGCAACGCCCUUGCUCGAUGUGGCGUAUAGCCACCUUCAGGUGUAUGAAGCGCAGCGAGCAAAGUAG